UGACUUCAAGGUGUCCGUUUGAAGGGGGGUGACUGUAGAAAAGAAAGCGGCUCUCUUUCUGAGAAGACACUGCGAAGCGGUGUUUCUGCGGUCAUCGCGCGGAAGGGGGCAGCUUUGCACAGCACUGAAACUCCACGGGGGCUGCGCCUGUCAGGCACUUUACUGCUAAGAGCGCGAUUUCAGGACGACAGAAGAGAAAUCGCCGGACGGACGUUCGAAGUGGCCGUUUAAAUAAAGGAAUUUCUGAAAAUUGUUUUUUUUAAGAAAUAAAGAAAGUUGCGUGGACGCAAGCCUGAUGAGGAUACUUCCUCUUUAAAGGAUCAGUACUUUGAAAGUAUUAUUUUCCACAAAACACUUGAGUCCUGUGCACACGAUGCAUGUAAAGGAUCGAUAUUUGCAUUUAAGUCAGAUCUUGCACCAAUUCUUCCGAUUAUCUUAUAAAGGAUAUAGUUGGACAAUUCACUCGGGAACAGAGAUGCUCAGGCGCGCCUGGUAAACUGUUCCUGUCUGUUGCUGGAAGUAUUGUGACGGUGGCCGGCGCAGUUCUGCGCGUGAGGAUGCACCAAGAAGCCCCCGCAUUCCAACAGUGCGGUCAACCUCACAGACAUUCAGCAUCUUUCAGAGAGAAGCCUGUGAUUUGGUGUUAGCCCCUGGCUGCUGUUUUACCCGAUGGACCCUUAUCUGUGUCCGCGCCCAUUCCUCAUCAAAUCUCCCAGAGUUUCACUGGAAACUAGAAAAAAACACCACUGCGGGGUGGGCAGUUUUUAUGAAGCCCUUGCAGACCUUACGUGUGUUUUAACCUGAAAGUAUGGGAUUAUAUGGAACCGUUACGUAUACACAUUUCAAGCUGUAAUUAACUAAACUAACAUUAUCUAUGAUUUUACUCUUUGUCCGUUACUGUAAACUUUUUUUUGCUAUCCAAUUGAACCCGACUUCUAUGGGAAUUAUCCCUCAUUAUUGAGAAAACAAAAGUAUGAAUUUUCCACACUGAAGUGAAAAAAAGAUCCAGAAAGUGUGCCAACCAGGGGCUUGUCCUGAAUGAUUACUAGAAGAAUGCUGGUCCCAGGUGCUCGAGAUCAGGAUGGCUUUGAGUUGGCAGUGUGCAGAAGCUGUUAGAUGGAUGUUGUUGAUGCUGUUAUGGCACUGGGUAGUGCUUGGCCACCUCAGCUUGUUACUGGUUCUUGCCACAGCUACAGAUGAUAAUGCUGCUUCUCCAUCUGGCACCCGGUUAAAUGGGCGCCUUGACUGGCUCUUGUCUGACAAAGGGCCUUUCCAUCGCUCUCCGGAGUAUACAGAUUUCAAGGAGAGGUUCCAACAAGGAUACACCACCAGAUACAAGAUUUACAGGGAAUUCAGUCAUUGGAAAGUGAACAGCUUGGCUACAGAAAGAAGAGAUUUUUUCAAAGCCCCCCUACCUCUCACUCCAGAGUUCAUCCGCAAUCUCAGGCUUCUGGGACGGAGGCCCACUUUGCAGCAGAUCAAUGAGAACUUGAUCAAGAAAUAUGGAACUCAUUUUCUUGUGUCUGCUACUCUUGGGGGUGAAGAAUCUCUUACUAUAUUUUUGGACAAGCAAAAAUUAAACAAGAAGACUGACAACAAAGACAACAGUUCAUCCACUACCUUGGAAACCCUUCAUCAGCUGGCAGCCUCCUAUUUUAUUGACAGAGAAAGCACUCUGCGAAAACUUCAUCAUCUACAGAUAGCAACCUCAGCUAUUAAGGUAACAGAAACCCGUACUGGGCCAUUAGGAUGCAGCAACUACGACAGCCUGGAUUCUGUCAGUUCAGUCCUGGUGCACAGCCCUGAAAAUAAAAUCUAUUUAAGAGGACUCCAGGAUAUACUGCCCGAGUUUCUACGAGCUCGUUUUGUAAAAGCAGCUCUGAGUUACGUGGCCUGUAAUUCUGAAGGCGAGCUCCUAUGUCGCAACAAUGACUGCUGGUGCCAGUGCAGUGACAAAUAUCCAGACUGCAACUGUCCCUCCACAGAUAUCCAAGCCAUGGAAGAGAGCCUGCACAAGAGUAAAUUAUCCUGGGCCAGCCUCAACUCCGACUUUGAGGAAUCAGAUGAUUACAAAAUGUUUUUGAAGAGACUUCCAACUGACCACUUUUUGAAUACAUCAGUAGUAUUGCAGCUCUGGACUUCUGACUCCAAUUUGCAACGUCGAUAUGGACAGCUGCAGUCUGCUACCAAUCUUCUACUUGGAAAAGCAAAAAAGAUUGUCCGAAAGCUCUUCGCUUUAAGCAAGCGCUGUCCUAAACAGCCAAAGAUUAACCUUCCCAGGGAAAGGCCUGUACACUUUUGGCUGAAUCAAGCCCAGUCCUACUUGUACUGCAGUGAGCACAGCACUUCAGGAAUCUUCUCUGAGGAGGCUCACAGCUGUACGUGUCCUUUUGAUCAAGUUCUCUGCCAAGGGUCUGUGCCAUGCAUGGUGGCAGAUGGAGUAGCGUGUUCCUCUUGUGCUCCAGAAAAUCUCACACGUUGCGGUGCCUGCAAUCCAGGAUACCUGUUAUUUCAGGGAGCCUGCAAGCCAAAAAUUGCUGAUUCUUUAGAUCAGUAUAUCAGCUUUGAUUCAGACAUGGCUGAUGGUGAAAUGAGUUAUCUUUUGCAACGUCUGGACAGCAAAAUGGAAGUGCAUGCCAUUUACAUCAGCAAUGAUGUCCGUCUUGGUAGCUGGUUUGAUCCAUCUUGGCGUAAACGUAUGCUUCUUACUCUGAAGAGCAACAAAAACAAAUCCAACUUGAUCCAUAUGCUCCUAGGCAUUUCCUUUCAGGUGUGUUCCACAAAAAACAGCACCUUGGAACCAGUGCCUGCAAUUUAUGUGAACCCUUUUGGAGGAAGUCAUUCAGAAAGUUGGUUCAUGCCUGUCAACCAACCGAGUUUCCCAGACUGGGAAAGAACUAAACUGGAUGCUUCACUCCAGUGCUCUAACUGGACUCUAAUGUUAGGAACCAAAUGGAAGUCAUUCUUUGAAACUGUUCACAUGUACCUAAGGAGCCGAAUCAAAUCAGAUGACCCGAACAGCAAUGAAACCAUUUUCUAUGAGCCUUUAGAUCUUGACGACCGAUCCGCUAAUCUGGGAUACAUGAAAAUUAACAGUCUCAAAGUGUUUGGGUACAGUAUGCAUUUUGACCCAGAAGGAAUUAGGGACCUGAUCAUGCAACUGGAUUACCCAUACACUCAGGGUUCUCAAGACUCAGCUCUUCUCAUGUUGCUGGAGAUGCGAGAACGAGUCAACAGGCUCUCGCCUUACGGCUCCCAACGCCUGGAUCUCUUUUCCUGCUUACUACGUCACAGACUGAAACUCUCCACUAGCGAGGUAGUUAGAAUACGAGACUCUCUCCAGGCCUUUAGCUCAAAGCUGCCAAAUACACCCGACCAAGAACUGAACCAGCUAUGUAGCUAGCUUUGGCCACUUUCUUUGUGGUCUGAAAAAAGAGGACUCAUGUACUGUAUAUUAAUGGCCUUGUGGUUUUGCAGUUUCCAUGUGCAGUAACGAUUUGCACAAAGUAGAUAACUGAGUGUUGACAAGCCUUUUCAUAAGACUUUAUAUAGGGAGAGAGUCUGAGUUCCUCAUCAUUGACACAGCUCUUGAAUAUCUGCAGAGCAGAUGACAAUUUGUUUUGAUGUUGUCUAUGAAGCACAGCUUUUUGGUCAACAAGCAUUCAUUGGAGUUGCUUUAAAGCAUCGGGUUGGACAUGCCAUUUCAAACAUAUAAGGCAAUAUUUGCUCACUUCAAAUGUUUGUGCAGUUGAGGACAAAUAUGAUAAAUAAAAAUAUUUCCUUGUAUAAUUUGUUUUUUUUUUUUUUGGUAAAAAAUGUGAAUUUAUUUUAGGUGGACUAUGCAGUCAUUUGGCCAUAUUGAAAAGCAACAUUCAAUCCUGUUGUAAUUUUUGCCCAGCACUGCAAUCCUGUUAAGCCGGCCUGUCAAUGCCAUUCAUGUCCAUGCUGUCUAAUUUCUGGUAGUGAGAAUGUAAUGAUGGAGCAUUUAGCAGUUGUCGUGGUUAUCAAGGACAAUGUCAUCUUUGGUGUGACAUCUGUUUGCCUUUAUUGUUUUUUUUUUUUUGUUUUUUAAAGUUAUGGAAUUUUCUGCAGGUUAUCUAUAGCAAUCGUUUUGGUCACUAAAAUUUUGUAAUAUUAAACAGUUUUAUAUCUGCUCAUCUUAUAUUAAGUGACAUAUGAUUAGGUUAUUAUGCAAAGUCUAACAUGAAAUUUUUGACCUUCAAUGUGCUGCAAAGCUCCUUUAGGUCAAUUCGUCAUAACUAUAUAUAAAGUACAUGUACACCACGCUAUUAUUAUGAAAAAACUAGCACUAUAGUAUAUACACUUGGAGGAAUGCAAGAACGAAGAAGGCUGUUUGUUUCUCUUAGUGGUUCAGCAUACCCUCCAAAUGAAUAGAAGAUGUCUCAUGUUAGGUACACAUUAAUCAUACAGGUUUUGUUUUCUGAAAUAAUACGACAUGAAAUAAAAUUACAUGCAUCACCAUUCACUGCCCUGUUGUAUAUAAACCUAUGGGAAAUGUUUGUUGCUAUAGUGUGAACCAUAGUGCUUUUGCAAAAGAGAAACACGUAUACAGAAAGGUUAAAUUAAGGUGUGGGUGUCUUGGCAGAAUUAUUUUAAUGUGUAUACUGUAAAGAAAUGGAUUAAUAACCUUAAACCACAUAGUAAAAUACGCAACUAUUAAACUUAAUGUGCAUAAUCUGGGAAAUCAGUGGUCUGGGUACAGUACAGAUUUUUGCAGGUAGAGCAUGUAUUCCAUUUAAAUGGCUUCUUAAUAUCUAGACAUCUCAUAUAUUGCCGCAGUACUUUUAGCUCUGUUUCUUUGAAGCUCAGCAGUGUGCAUUGGCUGUAUUGUAUUAAUCCUGCUUCAUGAGGAAGACAUCCACCAAGGUAACCAUGAUGACUGCUUUUACAGCAGACACAUAAAACAGCUUUUUGAACUAAUUGAAAUGAAAAUUAUGCUUGUAAAACUUUGCCUUAUAUUGUACAUACUGUUACAAAAAAUGUAAGAAAGAAAGAUGAUAAUCAGAGAUUUUGAAAUAUUAUCCCUUGGUUUUUAUACAUGAAGUGUCAUGUUUUAUUUAGAAAUCUUAUCAUCUAUAAAUAGCAUCAUUUACUGUUAAAAUAACUGAAAAGAAUGCAAAUUCCAUAUUUCUUCACCAUUGCUUACAUUUGACAUCCUUGCAGCAUUUUACAUUGCAUUUGUACAAUGUAAUGUUACUUUCAUUGAACUAAAACAGUGUGCUCAAUGCUAUAAAAUAAUGAACAUUCAAAGGUGAUUAAUAUGAAAGAUCUACAAUGUUUCUUAGACAAUUAAGUAAUUAAAGACAUUCUUGGAUUAUAAAAUUUGUUUUUGAAAUCCUGUCAUUUGAAUAGUAAAAUUGGUGGGUCUUUGCACCAGAGUCACUUUGUUUACCUCUGGGGAUUUUUUUCAAUUAUUGCCCAUAUUCAAUAAAUCGUUUUUGUUUUAAAGAUCAACUAA